AUGAUGCAAAUGCAGAGUCGGACAAGUGAAGUAGCCAACCAGAGUGAAGAUCUGCGGAGAUUGCUUAAAGAGAAGGAGGAUUCACACAAAACGUUGAGUGAGGAACAUACACUAGUUGGAGGCUUUUUUCGUAAGUGCAAGGAAAGCCUUGAGCGGGCAGAAACUAAGACGAAAGAAAUGGAAGCUGAGUUCCGCUCAAAAUUCCAUUCAAGGGACCAGAUGGUGGCUGAUUUGGAAGAAAUGGUUGAAGAUUUGAAGAGAGAUCAAGAAUUAAAAGAAGAAGAAAUCAGUUCCUUAACUGAGAAUGUACGAAAUAUCGAGGUUAAGCUCCGUCUCUCAAACCAGAAGCUUAGGGUCACAGAGCAAUUGCUGACUGAGAAGGAAGAGAGCUUCAGGAAAGCCGAAGCAAAAUUCCAACAAGAACAGAGGGCUCUUGAAGAAAGGGUUGCGGCCUUGUCUGAAACAAUUGCCUCAAACAACGAAGCCUAUCAGAAAAUGAUUACAGAAGUCUCCAAAGAAGUAAACAGCAGCUUGAUUGCAUGGGAAGCUGUUGUCCAGAAAUUCGACACAGAAUAUGACAACUACAGAAACUGCAUUUUGGAAGUCUACAAUGACUUGAACAUUGUGAAGAGCUGGGUAAGAGAUGCGAAUGACGCGAAACGUCAACUAGGGGAGGAAGUUCGUGAAUUAGCGGAGCAUCUGAAGGUUAAGAAAGAACGGGAGUCGUUCCUGACAGAUCAGCUCGAGAAGUUAAAGGUGCAAGCCAGCGAGGAACAAGCCGAAAAGGGAAACUGA